UUCGCUAGCUGACUAGCUGGUUGGGUAACAUACAUGUACAAUGUGUAGAUUUAACUUACGUUACCUAGCUAUCUGGUGGCCCUCGGUUGUCAACUAACUAGUCUAGUUUCAGAGAAACCAAGUAGUAUAACCGGUUAUGUAUUUUGAAAUGCUGGCUUGCCAGGCCACCAGACUGUGACAGCUUUCACGUAGAAUGGAUCGUUAGCUGUCUAAUGAUAUACAUUCGUACACUAUAUAAACAUUUUUAGUCAUAGUUGUCAGGCAAGGGGCUUUGAUAGCUAGCUUUCACGGAUCUCUAUGUCUUGGUAUGUGAGGAAGAUUCUAAAAACAUCUGCUAAGUUUUACUCUUCUGAAAUCAUAAACAAUUCAUGAUGAUGGCGUCACUCUUGUCUUUUGUCGCUUUUGCUGCCGCGUUGAAACAACUGGGAAAUUGGGGUGGAAAACGAGCUCCGACUGGGGAAAAAUAGGUUUGAAAGGUCAACCAACUCGAAAUUUCAAAUCGAACUCAGACCUCUUGCUAGAGCUCUGACCUGAAGAUCACUGAUAUCAUGAUUUGACCUAAUAUUUUUCAGAGUUUCCAGUUGUCUUCAAAGCACCAUAAAACUAAUGGUAGACGACCGACCCUUUGCUAGGCCGUAUCUGUGUGAUGCUGGAUUCAGUGCUCUCAUCUGCAUUAAAACCAAAUAUCAAUUUAGGUUGGAUGUGAUAGCAGCUAUGAGAACACUGAACCCAGCUUCACACAGAUAUGAGCUGGCAAAUGGUUUUAUGGUGCUUUCAAGACAACUGUUAACCUGUCAGUGAUCUUCAGGUCGGAGCGCUAGAAGAUGACAGAGUUCUCAACUUCGAGUACCGAGUUGGAUGACAAUUCAAAACAAUUUUUCCCUGUCGGAGCUCGUUUUUUCUUGAGUUCCCAGGUGGAGGCUGGGUCUAGAUGGCUGUGUCUACACUUGAUACUUAUAUGCAACUUUUGCUAUCAGAAUACGAAGAGCGCGUUGAAAAGACUGGUUCAGAUUGUGUUGAGAUCUGUCUGACCACUUCAGGAGGUGGUCAGGGGCGUAUUGUGAGGAUUCCUCCUCAGUCUGGAGGAAUUCCGGCUAUUGAAAGCACAUACAGGGGGUGAUGUCAUCACUCUGCCCACAAGUCUCCAGAAAAUGUGUUUUGGGAGCAAGGUACUUCUAUUUUUUUAUUAUUAUUUUUUUAUAAACAUGGGAAGAAAUCUAUUCCUACCGUGUGAGGAAUGUGUUUGUUGGCUUCAUAAAUGCUAGUUUAUUUACCCUGUACAAAAUAUAAAUGCAACCAUUUCAAAGAUUUUACUACAGACUACAGUCACCACCAGACUGUUCCAGACCCAAGACAGGCUACAGUCACCACCAGACUGUUCCAGACCCAAGACAGGCUACAGUCACCACCAGACUGUUCCAGACCCAAGACAGGCUACAGACUACAGUCACCACCAGACUGUACCAGACCCAACACAGACUACAGACUACAGUCACCACCAGACUGUACCACACCCAACACAGGCUACAGACUACAGUCACCACCAGACUGUACCACACCCAACACAGGCUACAGUCACCAGCAGACUGUACUAGACCAAGACAUGCUACAGUCACCACCACACUAUACCAGACCCAAGACAGGCGACAGUCACCACCAGACUGUAUUAGACCAAGACAGGCUACAGUCACCACCAGACUGUACCAGACCCAAGACAGGCUACAGACUACAGUCACCACCAGACUGUACCAGACCCAAGACAUGCUACAGUCACCACCACACUAUACCAGACCCAAGACAGGCGACAGUCACCACCAGACUGUAUUAGACCAAGACAGGCUACAGUCACCACCAGACUGUACCAGACCCAAGACAGGCGACAGUCACCACCAGACUGUAUUAGACCAAGACAGGCUACAGUCACCACCAGACUGUACCAGACCCAAGACAGGCUACAGACUACAGUCACCACCAGACUGUACCAGACCCAAGACAGACUACAGACUACAGUCACCACCAGACUGUACUAGACCCAAGACAGGCUACAGUCACCACCAGAAUGUACCUGGCCCAAGACAGGCUACAGACUACAGUCACCACCAGACUGUUCCAGACCCAAGACAGGCUACAGACUACAGUCACCACCAGACUGUUCCAGACCCAAGACAGGCUACAGACUACAGUCACCACCAGACUGUUCCAGACCCAAGACAGGCUACAGACUACAGUCACCACCAGACUGUACUAGACCCAAGACAGGCUACAGUCACCACCAGACUGUACCAGACCCAACACAGGCUACAGACUACAGUCACCACCAGACUGUACCAGACCCAAGACAGGCUACAGUCACCAGCAGACUGUACUAGACCAAGACAUGCUACAGUCACCACCAGACUGUACCAGACCCAAGACAGGCUACAGACUACAGUCACCACCAGACUGUACCAGACCCAAGACAGGCUACAGUCACCACCAGAAUGUACCUGGCCCAAGACAGGCUACAGACUACAGUCACCACCAGACUGUUCCAGACCCAAGACAGGCUACAGUCACCACCAGGACUGUUCCAGACCCAAGACAGGCUACAGUGACCACCAGACUGUACCAGACCCAAGACAGGCUACAGUCACCAGCAGACUGUACUAGACCAAGACAUGCUACAGUCACCACCAGACUGUACCAGACCCAAGACAGGCUACAGACUACAGUCACCACCAGACUGUACCAGACCCAAGACAGGCUA